AUGUUUCGCAAACGCAAGACUUCCGAUUGGAAUGACACCAACAAAGAAAAUAUCCCCGAAAGCAAUUCGGGAUGGAAAUCGCUCUUCGGAUUCACGACUAGAAGGCACCUACCGACUCUCAUAUUCGGGUCUAUCUUCGCCCUGGUUGCUAGUCUUGUCACACCGGCACUUGCGAUCUUUCUUGGCAAUGUGUUCGACUCGUUUACCUCUUUCGGUGCUGAUCACACUGAUUCCAAAGGGCUUCAUAGCCAAGUUAUCACAAAUUGCUUUGGAAUGAUUGGACUGGGAGUAGCUGGUUGGUUUUUGAACGGUGCAUACUAUGCUCUAUUCGUUGCAUUCGGGGAGAUGCAGGCCUCUGUUAUUCGCAGCCAAGUGUUUCUAGAAUUACUAAAUCGCGACGUUGAGUGGUUUGAGGCCAAAACCGAGGGCUCCGGGGCUUUGCUAUCGGGAAUUCAAGCACACAUUCAUGAAAUGCAGAUGGCGACUUCGCAGCCACUCGGACUUAUACUGCAAUACUCGUGCCGUUCACUGGCUUCACUGGGGCUGGGCUUCUACACAUCAUGGAGCCUCUCUCUGGUAACUCUUGCAGGCAUUCCCAUAUUCUCGGCAAUUAUCGGAUUUCUUUCCUCCAAAAUGAAGUUUAGCAUUACAGCCCAACAGGCUGAGCUUACCGAAGCCUCAAAAGUUGCCAACAAUGCUAUCACCAAUAUCGACACGGUCAAAUGCCUCAAUGGGCAAGCCUUCGAGCAUCGGAACUUUGCUGAACGCAUUGAGAGAUCUGCUACACACUACCUUCGACAAGCGCGAUACAAUUCUCUACAAAUUGCUAUCAUUCGGUUGAUGAUGUUCGGGAUGUUUGUUCAGGGUUUCUGGUAUGGCAGUUCGCUUGCACGCACCGGGAAACUCACAUCCGGAGAAGUGCUCAGAACUUUCUGGGCCUGUAUGACCGCAGCUCAGUCUAUCGAGCUGGUCUUGCCGCAGAUGAUUGUGAUGGAAAAAGGAAAGGUUGCUGGUGCAGCCUUGAAAUCGAUCAUUCAAAGCCGGAAAAAAGACAAAAUUGUGAGCGAUGUAAAGGGAACCCGGUAUCCGGAACACUGUGAAGGUGAUAUUGAGGUCAAAAACGUGUCGUUCUCAUAUCCUAGUCAGCCUGACCAAUGCGUACUCAAACCUUCGAGCUUUUUCUUCCCCGCUGGAGAAACGACGUUUGUUAUAGGGAAAAGCGGCUCUGGUAAAAGUACACUCAGCCAACUGCUGAUGCGGUUCUACUUGCCAACCUCGGGUGAAAUCCUGAUUGACCGCAACCCAAUGCAAGAACUCGACACCAACUGGAUCCGCAACAACAUCACUCUUUUAGAACAAAAGAGUGUUCUCUUCAAUGAGUCUGUGCUUACAAACAUCGCCUUCGGUCGCCAGGACCAUGCAACCGUCACUGAGGAAGAUGUCAAAGAUCCCAUCGAGUUGGCCAUGCUUGAGAACACAAUCGACGGUCUCCCCAAAGGAAUCGACACUUGCGUUGGCCCGGGUGGAAGCUUUUUGAGCGGCGGCCAAAGGCAGCGAGUUGCAAUUGCCAGAGCGAAAUUACGUGACACGCCAAUCCUGAUCCUGGAUGAACCCACCAGUGCUCUUGAUCACACCAACCGAGUCUCAGUGAUGAAAGCAAUCCGCGAAUGGCGGAAAGGAAAGACGACCAUCAUCAUCACUCAUGAUAUGUCACAAAUUAUGGAACAGGAUUUCCUGUACAUCCUCGAACAGGGUUCUAUUGUGAACUCCGGUUACAGGCGAUGGUCGUCUGGAAACCAACACCCAGAACAAGGGGGACAUUCCGCGGGAGAGCUUGGACACCUUAAGACCUCCAACAGCUUUCUUGGGACAUCGUCGGUCCAGGACAUCCUGGGCUCAAGGCCACAUUCUCCCGAGCUUUCGCUCUGGCUCGCUGGACUUGACGACGAGAAGGAAUUCGGAACAUGUCGUCAGGAAUUGGGAUCCCCCCUGCAAGAUUGCAGCCAACGUCUUUCUUUCAUGGCAGAAGGACGUGAUCCUCAACCGGACUUGAAAGAAAUGACUAUUCCUACAGAAGAAGUCGAAAUGGUUUACAUUGAUGAUCAGGGCUUGAAGUCGGAUCCAUGGCCCAAUGAACACACCGCGACAGAUCAAUUGGAAACGAAGAGCAACCGAAGAUCACAUGGCCGCCGCAAGAAAUCAAAAGAGCAGCACAUACCGAAAGAAAGAAUGACUCCGCUUUCUCAAAUUAUGGGCACCAUUCUGUCGACUUUGACGAUGAGACAGCGAAUCAUCCUCUUCCUAGGAUUCACCGCAGCACUGGCCCAUGCAAGCGCAACCCCAAUAUUUUCAUAUUGUCUGUCGCAGCUAUUUGGAACCUUCUAUGCUGGAACCAACAGUGGACAUCUGGCGAUGACCUGGUCACUUGCUGUACUAGGGGUGGCUUUCGGCGAUGGCCUUGUGUCCUUUUUCAUGCAUUACUUCCUAGAACUCUGCGGUGAGGUUUGGCUGGAUUCUUUUAGAAAGAAUGCCUUUGAACGCAUUCUCAGUCAACCACGUGCCUGGUUUGAGAAAGAUGGUAACGGAUCUCUCAGACUCACAUCAUCUCUUGAUCAGAAUGGAGAAGACAUGCGAAACCUACUAGGCCGAUUCGCUGGUUUUGUGGUUGUCGCUGCAUCAAUCACUGUCAUGGCAAUUAUUUGGAGUUUGAUUGUUUGCUGGAAGUUGACACUUGUUGCUAUCUCCUGUGGGCCUGUCAUUUAUGUUAUCACUCGAGGCUUUGAGGGAACAAAUGGAUUAUGGGAAAGACGGUGCAAUGAUGCCAACAAUAUCGCCGCCGAUGUCUUUACCGAGACCUUUACAGAGAUCCGUACCGUGAGAACAUUGACGUUGGAAGGUCACUUCCAUCGCAAACAAGCUAACGCGAUCGCGCGCUGCUUGUUGCUGGGGUUGAAGCGUGCCAUGUAUACCGGCAUGCUUUUCGGUAUGGUAGAAUCGACAGUCAUAUUUGCUAGCGCCUUGAUAUUCUAUUAUGGAUCGGUGCUCGCAGCAUCUCGCGAAUUCAACGUCAACGAUGUGAUGACGGUAUUCUCGAUCCUACUUUUCAGCAUUGGUUACGCUGCUCAGGUUCUCUCAUGGAUUCCCCAAAUCAACACCUCCCGCGAGAUAGCGACCCAACUUAUUGGUCUUGCAAACCUCCCACAAGAUGGAUCCCACGAGGACCUCGGCAGUUUGACAGUUUCAAAGCUCACCCCGAUCAAGCUCACCAACCUGAAUUUCCGAUAUCCCUCUCGGCCAAACACCGUGGUGUUGAAGAAUGUCUCGAUUUCCAUCCCGCCAAACUCCUGUACGGCGCUCGUAGGACGAUCCGGUUCUGGGAAAUCCACAAUCGCGUCGCUGCUAUUAUCCCUCUACGCAGCUCCGGCCUCUCAAACCGGAGAACCCACAGUGACACUGGGCGGCGCGGACAUUCUUCGGCUGCAUGUUCCUACUCUUCGCUCACAGAUCUCCAUCGUAUCGCAACAACCAACUAUUUUCCCCGGCACCAUUCAUGACAACAUCAGCUACGGGCUGGAUCAACAUUCACCUCUAGCUUCAUCUCAUAAUGUACGCACCGCCGCUCAAGGAGCAGGCAUUGAUGAUUUCAUCUCCUCUCUCCCUCGGGGAUACAACACUGUGAUCGGAGAUGGUGGAGUUGGUCUUUCCGGUGGUCAGAAACAGCGUGUGGUCAUUGCACGGGCUCUUUUGCGUCAACCUCAGAUCUUGAUUCUCGACGAAGCCACAUCCAGCUUGGAUCCAGCGGGUGCGGAAAUCGUGCGGCAGACAGUGCAGCAGUUGGUGGCCGUCCAUCAGAGGCUUACUGUCAUCAUUAUCACGCACUCGAAGGAAAUGAUCGAGAUUGCGAAUCAUGUCGUUGUUCUUGACCAGGGAGCUGUCGUAGAGGAUGGACCAUAUCAGACUCUGGCGAACAUGAAAGGUGGCAAAUUGAACGCCUUGCUCAGUGAUCCUGAGGAGGUCGGUGGUUAA